AUGGAGGAAGUUGAAUUUCCAACAAGAGCAUGUCACGGAGACCCAAGAAAUCGGGUGCAGGAAUCGUUUGGGGGUUCUGUCGAUUGGUGGAAGGUCGAGGUUGCGUUUCCGGUGGUGCAAGGGGCAAACGGGGAGAAAAUCCGGUGGUGUUUGUGUAGAGAAGAAGAAGAUAUGGGUGUGAGGAUUGGUUCGAUUGAAGCGACAACGACCCCGGGAGAGUGUUCAAUGACAACCUUUUCCCUCUCAUCUCCCUUUUUAUUUUCUUUAAAUGAACCAAUAAACAAUAUUGUUACAGUGUUCCUGAAGCAUACCCUUAUCUAUGCUUGGUUACAGUUUUUUGAAUCGAUAACUCAGCUUUAUAAUUCCAAUUCAAUAAAGGGACCGAUUCAAAUGGAUCUUGACAAGGUUGAAUUCUGAAAAGGGAUCAAGUAUGUUUAUGUAGAUGAUUCAAUGGAUGAUAUUGGUGAGAUUCUAAUUCUAUUGGAAUGGAAUCACGUAUUCCAAUUCUAUUGGAAUGGAAUCAUGAAUUCCAAUUCUAUUGGAAUCACAGUAGUUGAUGUUUGAAGAACGGACCACCAAAUUGAAAACAUACCACAUUAUUCUUUUAGAAUGUAUUAGUCGUUGUAAUUCUUAACAAUUGUUACCCG